AUGGCGUCGGUCGGGGCCAAGUCUGACCUGCUCAAUGUCCUGGGAGAUGUCAAAGCCCGCGUGCAGGACAAGCUGGGGAUCGUGGACUUUCCGAUGCCCCAGUUCAUUUUGAUCGGACGCCAGUCCGUGGGCAAGAGCCGGCUCAUAGAGGCGCUGGCCGGUGAGUGCUUCAACUUCAUCUCAGGGACCUUGGGCAGCCGACGACCCACGGUACUCGAGUUCCGGCAUGCCCCAACCUUCUCUCAAUCCAGGUGGUUCGUGCGUGACCGGAAGACAAACCACUGGGUCGAUCAUCCAGUCGACCAGGUCAUGAAGAUCGUGGGCGAUGCCCACGAGGAGUGCGGCACUUCAGUCAGUCACGAGCCCAUCUAUGUGCGCAUCGAGUCGAGCAAGUGUGUCGACAUGCAGAUCGUUGACCUCCCAGGUUUCCGGGACUUUGCCAUCGACACGGGUAAGCAGGAUUUGGCCGACAAGAUCGAAAGCCUUGUCAUGUCCUUCAUGAAGGACAAGCGGAACGUCAUGCUCUGCGUCGAGCAAGCUGGCGAUGCAGCCACAAUGUCCACUCUGGCAAAAUGCCGAGCGCUGGAUCCAGACCUGAAAAGAACGGUUCUCAUCAGAAACAAGCUGGACAAGUACUACUCCGAUCUGACGCCUGACAAUGUGAGCAAGUGGGUGGAUGGCUUCGGAGAUCUCCCAGACUCCCUGGUGAGGUUUGCAAUGACCCUUCCGUGGUGGCCGGACACCAGCCCGAUGCCCAAACCGUUCAAUGACAUCAAGGACGAGAAGGACACCGAGGACCGCAAUCAGAUGGCCUCCAAGGGCCUCAGCGACCUCUACAUGGGCACAAUCGGUUUCAGGAGUUUCGUGAAGUACAUGGAGAAGAAGAUCGAGCAGAUGUUCGCGGACGCCAUUGAUCCAGUGCUGACAAACCUCAAGGAUCUGAAAUCCACUGCGAGCCAGCAGAAGAGGGACUUGGAGACCGAGUACAACGACACGGAUCCACAUCGCAUCCUGAGCACCACCCGCGAUUGUGGCAUCUCCUUUGCCACAGCGCUGACGCACGUGAUGGAAGGCGUUCUUGACCUGCAGCCCGUCAUGAACUUGGACGAGGAGCUCCGUGCCUUCCACACGUACCACCAGACACUGGGAUCUGCGCACUUCAGCAUGCUGCCCUCCGAGGACUUCUGCAGCCUGAACGACUACAUCGACUAUCUGCGCAACGAAAUACAGAUCGGUGCCUUUGAUGUGGAGGUAAACGGAGGUGCACAGUUCAGACGUCUGAUGAUGGAGGUGGAGAUCUUCUUGCGCUUCUCGGAAAUUGCAGUGGAGAUCAAGAAGCGCGAUGUGAUCCAGGCUCGCGGGGUGUCUAUGAGUUCGCUCACAUGGCGCGACGUGGUCGUGAAGCUUCUCAGUCACGAAGCGCAUCUGCCGUUGCAGCGCCGAGUGGCCUACGUGGGGGAGCGAAUCAAAUGGCUACUUGCUCACAGUUGGGACAGGGCGGUCUUCAACUUCUCAGCUUGGGCCAUGGCGCCCCCGGAGGCUCCUGGGCAGAUGGCGGCGGCAGCCGCAGACCUGGCGGCGAUGUCAGAUCCCUCCCCGGAGCCCCCCUCCGAGCAUGACGCGUCUUCGGCGACGCAGGGGGCUCCCGGCGGACAGCAGCAGACGGUGCCUGGCGAGCCGGCGAGUGUGCCGUCUUACCCGGCAACGCCAAAGGCGCGCUUGGUUGUGGCGAAAGAGUCCUCUUUCCCGGCCAUAUGUCUGGCAGACGGCGGACCACCCACAGGCGACAACCAGGACAUCAUGGACCAUCGCACCACCAAAUACCGCCAAUUGGACCAAAGCAGAAUUCUCGCAAUGGCAACAAGCCACCGGUUGGCCUGGAAUCCCCAAGCCUUGCUCCUGAACCAGACUUUGUUGGCCAAGAACCCAGUGAAGCCAGUCAGCCAGUUCCGCCAUGACUGGAUGCACGGCAUUCUGCAAGGAACGGCCCCAGUCGUGCUGUUCCAGAGCUUCCAAUCCAUCUCCGAGCACUACAACAUCUGGGAGGCCAUGGGCCCAUACAUAAGCAUGUGGAACUUUCCAGGUGCUUCCAAGGCCGGUCACUUGGCUGGUUUGUUCGACACCAGCAAGGUCGCCAAGUACAAGAGCAGCCAGAAGUUCAGUUGCCAAGCCUCAACCCAAGUCCGAACUCUGGACUGGAAAGGCGCCUGGGAGGACCGCGCCAGGAUGUUCUGGUACUUCCGCCAAGGCCGCUUCCCGAUUCUCCGGAAGCGCCGCCUCGAAAGCCAGCCGUUUGGACGCCCUGGUCACGGCCCGCCGUACGGGGAUGUCGGCCCAGCAUCGACCCACCGCCGGGUCUUUCACGAUGCCGGUCACGCCCCGGCGGAGUUCCCCGAGCCUUUGGAAAUACCGCACCUAACCCAGGAACUGCCAGGCAUCAGCGAGACCUUCUUGCUGAACAAGCCAAUGCAGACCGCAGGUAUUGGACCUGCACAGCUUGGACUAAUCCGACAGGAAGCAGGGAAGUGGCAUUCAGCCACCCGUUAG